CCUCCGCCCGUCGGAGCCCCGCCUCGGCUGCAGCCGCGGUGCGGGAGCCCCGUGGCAAAGAGUAUUUCAGCUCUUGAGGGAGACAGGCCUAUAAAUCGCGGUGUGGCUUCAUCAGAAUUCAGUAAGUUAAGUCAGAGUUUGCGGGGUAUGCUCCAGUAUAAAUCACCACGUGGCUCCUGCUUGCCUUCCUUACCAGUUAGAAUUUGACUAUGGGAGUGCAGUUCCUGCGGAAGACAUCCGUGUGGUUCAAGAAACACAAGAUCACCUUGUUGGCUACUUCUUGCGUGGGACUGUUUGGCGCUAACCUUUCCUAUCAUGUAUUUCCUAAGCAGACGUUCAAACUGUUGCAUGAGUGCUGGUCAGAUGGGCAGCCAGCUGAGCUUUCUCAGAGGCUCUGUGCUGUUUUUCAGGAUGUCCUUCAAGAUACUGCAGUGAAGUCCACCAACUGCCAAGCCUUUGCAGCUUCUGGCUUCCACCCAGUCAGUGCUGGAAUCCCCUGGCUGCCUUCAGGUUCUUUGGUGGGCAUCCCUCCUAAUUUUGAUAGCACAAUUGAGGAUAAAAGAGGAAUAGUCAAUCAUGUUGUUGUGAUUGGUGGCAAGGAAGUAGACUGGGAAAGCAAUGAAGGUGUUGCUUUGAAGGAAGCUCUGACAUUUUCACUUGAAGCACAGAAGUUUGCACUUGCCAGAGAAGUUGUGUAUUUGCAGAAUGGCAGCCCGUUAGCGAGUGCAGCUGUGGCUCCAAUGUGCUUAGCUGGUACGUGUCUCUGUGGGACAGGUAUAAAGAUAGCUCUGGGUCUGUAUUCUGGCCCCAGGGUACUUUGCAGCAUCUGUAACCUCAUAAUUGCUGCCGCUGGACUAAUCCUCUAUUACAUUUCUUAUGAUGCUAUGACCUAUCACCUGGACUGCAAGGCUGACAGAAAUGCAGCUACUGUAUCCAAAGACUAUGCCAAAGGUGGAGUGGAAUUUUAUGACAAAAUCCUGUCCCGCAACAGGAUUCUUCGUGCUCUGAUGGGCAAAGAAGGGACAAAAAUAUAUGCCCCAAGUGGUAACCUUUUCCCAAGGCACUGGUUCAGAAUAAAGUAUACCCCAUACACUUACCGAAGAGAUUUAAUUGUUAAUAUUUUAAAAGAGCUCCAGGCAUAGGAAGGGAGUGCUUGAAUUUUAUACUUGUAAAUUAUGUAUUCUCUUUGGAACACUGCUGUGCUGGUUUUUUGUUUUUUUUUUUUCUUCUCUAUGUCUUCAUUAGAAUUUUGGGGUUUAUUUUUGCAUAUAGUUUGGAAGGAGUUAUUGCACAUUCCGUGAAUAAAGAAUUCUGUCUUAAAAUAUUAAAGAGUUGCUUCAAAAGUGCUCCGCUCUGUGUGCAUCUUAAAUCACAAGACCACUGAGGAAGGGAGCUGCUCAGUUGCUAAUCUGGAACUUGUGCUGUUCUGCUCCCCCUUACUGCCAGUUUCAGGCUGGAAAAUGGCAAGGGUAAAGUCAAACAGAGUUUUGGGAUCAUUGUCAUUUAAACAUGGGUAGUGUUGUGCAUUUUUGCCAUUUGUCUUAUGCUAUAUCACUAACAUGUUGAAAUGACUGGGAGUCUGUGUUGUGCAGUUAGAUAAACACUGAGACACAGCACUUAUGCCCUGUGUAUGUUCUUAGGCUGUGUAAAUUCUUACACUACAAUCACUAUUCUUCAGUAGGGCAGGCGAAUUGUGCUGCCAUUUACACAAAUACAGCUAGAUUAUUACUGCACCUGUAGCUUAAAUCUGGUUUCAUCAGGAUGUCACUGUGACUACAGAGAGGAUGAGUGUCCCAACAGCAGGAGUAUGAAACCAACAUCUGCUGUAAGUUGGGUGUUUUCUCACAAGUGGGGAUCAUGCUGUUCAGAAGAGGAAUUUCAGUUUGCUUUGGUAUGGCUUUUGUUUCAUUUUAAAAUACAUCUUGUUUUUUGUCAACUUUUAUGUCAAGGAAUAAAGACAAGGUCAAAGAAAUAAGUCUCUAUCCAUCACAAUAAUAAGUCUUGCCAAUGUUUACUCAAAGUAUCACCAAGUGCUGUUUUGCUUUGAAUCGGGUAUUGACAUAAAGUUGAUAUACUGACAGCUGGGGCACUGGUGUUGCUUUACAUUGCUUAAGUUGUAUCUCUAAGUUGUUUGGGUUUCUGCUGUGU